ACAACAAACCUCCAAAACUUCAAGCCUCAAAGACCACAGGUAUCAAAGGCCACAAGCUCAAAAGACCACAGUUAUCAAGGACCACAAAUCUCCUAAGACCGCAAACCUCCAAAGACCACAAGCCUCAAAGUCCAGAAGCUUCAAUGACCACAAGUUUCCAAAGACUGCAAACUUCCAAAGACCAAAAGCCCCAAGAUUAAAAUCCACAAGCUACCAAAGACCACGACAAACCUCCAAAGACCACAAACAACCUCCAAAAACCACAAACAAGCCUCCAAAGACCACUAACAAGCCUCCAAAGACCACUAACAAGCCUGCAAAGACCACUGACAACCCUCCAAAGACCACUAACAAGCCUCCAAAGACCACUAACAAACCUCAAACGACCACAAACAAGCCUCCAAAGACCACAAACAAGCAUCCAAAGACCAAAAACAAGCCUUCAAAGACCACAACAAGCCUCAACGAGCCUCAAGACACAGACGGGGCCCAUGACGAUCUUCCAAUUGCAGUAGGGGCUGCCCAUGGACACUACCAGUUCCCCCUCAUCUUCAGGCGCGACACUGCUGGCGGCCAAGUCUUCUUCUUCUACUUCUGGUCACCAGGGACACGCCCACAGCAACAGGCAGCCACCAGGGACACGCCCACAGCGACAGGCAGCCACCAGGGACACGCCCACAGCAACAGGCAGCCACCAGGGACACGCCCACAGCGACAGGCAGCCACCAGGGACACGCCCACAGCAACAGGCAGCCACCAAAGGACACGCCCACAGCAUCAGGCAGCCACCAAGGACACGCCCACAGCAUCAGGCAGCCACCAGGGACACGCCCACAGCAUCAGGCAGCCACCAGGGACACGCCCACGACACCAGGCAGUCACCGCGGACAUGCCCACAGCACCAAGCCUCCACCAGGGACACGCCCACAGCGCCAGGCAGCCACCAGACACAUGCCCACAGUACCAGGCAGCCACCAGGGACACGCCCACAGCACCAGGCAGCCACCAGGACACGCCCACAGCACCAGGGACACGCCACCAGCAACAGGCAGCCACCAGGGACACGCCCACAGCGACAGGCAGCCACCAGGGACACGCCCACAGCAUCAGGCAUCCACCAAGGACACGCCCACAGCAACAGGCAGCCACCAGGGACACGACCACAGCAUCAGGCAGCCACCAGGGACACGCCCACAGCGACAGGCAGCCACCAGGGACACGCCCACAGCAACACCCAGCCACCAGGACACGCCCACAGCAUCAGGCAGCCACCAGGGACACGCCCACGGCACCAGGCAGUCACCGCGGACAUGCCCACAGUACCAGGCAGCCACCAGGGACACGCCCACAGCACCAGGCAGCCACCAGGGACACGCCCACUGCACCAGGCAGCCACCAAGGACACGCCCACAGCACCAGGCAGCCACCAGGACCGCCCACAGCACCAGGGACACACCCACAGCAACAGGUACACGCCCACUGCACCAGGCAGCCACCAGGGACACGCCCACAGCACCAGGCAGCCACCAGGGACACGCCCACUGCAGGCAACCAGCAGCCACGGCAGCACAGCAGGGACACACCACAGCACCAGGCAACUAGCAGGGACACACCCACAGCACCAGGGACACACCCACAGCACCAGGCACCAGCAGGGACACACCACAGCACCAGGCAACCAGCAGGGACACACCCACAGCACCAGGCAACCAGCAGGGACACACCUGCAGCACCAGGCAACCAGCAGGGACACACACAGCACCAGGCAACCACCAGGGACACACCCACAGCACCAGGCAACCAGCAGGGGACACCCACAGCACCAGGCAACCAGCAGGGACACACCCACAGCACAGGCAACCAGCAGGGACACACCCGCAGCACCAGGCAACCAGCAGGGACACACCUGCAGCACCAGCAGCAACCAGCAGGGACACACCCACAGCACCAGGCAACCAGCAGGGACACACCCACAGCACCAGGCAACCAGCAGGACACACCUACAGCACCAGGCAACCAGCAGGGACACACCCACAGCACCAGGCAACCAGCAGGGACACACCCACAGCACCAGGCAACCAGCAGGGACACACCCACAGCACCAGGCAACCAGCAGGGACACACCCACAGCACCAGGCAACCAGCAGGGACACACCCACAGCACCAGGCAACCAGCAGGGACACACCCACAGCACCAGCACCAGGCAGCCACCAGGACGCACCUACAGCACCAGGUAGCCACCAGGACGCACCUACAGCACCAGGCAGCCACCAGGACGCACCUAGGCAGCCACCAAGGACAUCUACAGCACCAGGUACCAGGCACCAGGCAGCCACCAAGGACGCACCUACAGCACCAGGCACAGGCACCAGGCAGCACGCACCUACAGCACCAGGCAGACCAGGACACACCUACAGCACCAGGCAGCCACCAGGACGCACCUACAGCACCAGGCAGCCACCAAGGACGCAACUACAGCACCAGACAGCCACCAAGAACGCACCUACAGCACCAGGCAGCCACCAAGGACGCAUCCACAGCACUAGGCAGGACGCACCUACAGCACCAGGCCACCACGCACCUAGGCAGCCACCAAGGACGCACCUACAGCACCAGGCAGCCACCAAGGACACCUACCGACGCACUUACAGCAGGCCACCAAGGACGCACCCUGGACACACCUGUACAGCACCAGGCAGCCACCAAGGAGGGCAGCCACCAAGGACACACCUACAGCACCAGGCAGCCACCAAGGACGCACCUACAGUGAGCAGUACCAGCAGCACACCUACAGCACCAUGCCACCGACACACCUACUACAGCACAGGCAGCCAGGCACCACCAGCACAUCACCUACAGCACCAGGGCAGCCACCAAGGACGCACCUACAGUACCAGGCAGCCACCACACCUACAGCACCAGGUAGUACAACCAGGCAGCGCCUGGACGCACGUACAGCACGAGGCAGCCACCAAGGACACACCACAGCACCAGGUAGGGCACCUACAGCACCAGGCAGCCACCUGCACCUACAGUCAGGCAGCCACCAUGCAGCACCAGGCAGGACGCACCUACAGCACCAGGGCCACCAAGGACGCACCUACAGCACGAGGCAGCCACCUACAGCACAGCAGCCACCAGGAUGCCUACAGCACCACAGCACCUGACGCAGGACAGCACCGCAGACCAGAACAGCUGCACGCACCACAGCCAAGGCAGGCACCAGGCAGCCACCACACCUACAGCACCAGGCAGCCACCAGGGAUGCAGGCCACCAAGGACGCAGCACCAGCACCAGGCAGCCACCAAGGAGCCACCAGGGAUACCUGCCUACAGCACCAGGCAGCCACCAGGAUGCACCUACCAGCACCAGGCACCAGCCACCAGGACGCACCUACAGGACAGCACACCUACCAAGGACGCACCUACAGCACAGGCAGCCACCAAGGAUGCACCUACAGCCUACAGCACCUACAGCACCAGGCAGCCACCAGCGCAGGAUGCCUACAGCACCUACAGCACCAGGCAGCCACCGGACGCACCUAG